AUGGAAAAAAGAAAAAAAUAUGAAAAUAGUUACAUAAAAACAAAUAAAGGAGUAUAUAUAGGAAGAAUAGAGAAUAAAAAAAAAAAUGGAUGGGGAAUAGCAAUAAAUAAUAAUGGUAACAAAUAUGAAGGGUUAUUUCUUAAUGAUGAAAAGCAUUUAUUUGGUUCGGAAUUAUUAUGUUGUUUAUAUAGUCAUAAUUAUAAAUAUAAAAAAGGUAAAAAAUCAAGUGAAGAAGAAAAUAGUGAAGAAGAAUUUGAAAAAGGAAACAUAUGCCUUCAUGAAAAUAGAUAUAUAUACAUUGGAAACUUUAAAAGAGGAGAAAAAUAUGGGAAUGGAAUAUUAAUUGAUUACAAUACAUAUGCUAUGUAUAAUUGCAUAUUUUUAAAAAAUGAAAUAAUAUAUAAAGAUAUAUUAUUUUCAUUAUUUAAUAAUAUGCAUCCAGAGUAUGAAAAAUGGAAUUCUACAUGUAAUUAUUAUGAUAAGAAAAAUUAUACAAAAGAAGGUGAAUAUAAUUUUUCUAAUUUUAACAAAAAAAAUGAACAGGAAUACAUGAAUUAUAAUCAAUGGAAUGAAAACAAAAAAAAAGAAAAUGAUAUAUAUUUAUUCAUAGAAAACCAUUACAGAUAUAAUAUUUUUAACUAUAGCAAUUUUUUUAGACAUACAAUGGAAAAAAUUAAAAAGGACGAUUUUACUGAAUCUUUUUAUGAUUCUAAAUAUAGAAAUAAAGUUUAUUUUGGAAAUAUAAAAAAAAAAAAAAAAAAAAAAAAACUACAUGAGGUUCCUUCAAAUGAUAUUAAUGAAAAAAAAAAAAAUAAUAAAAACAUUUAUGAUAAAACUUCUAAUUUUAUUAAUUAUGAAGAUAAAAAAAAAUCAUGUGAAAGUACUUCAGAUAUAUUAAAAGACAAAAAAGAAAUAGAAAAUAAUUAUUAUGAAAAGAAUGAUAUUAAUUAUUUUGUGGAUGAACCAUUUCAAAAAUAUAUUGAUGAUAUUUCAUUGAGUAAAAGGAACGGAUAUAAAGAAGAAAAACAAAUAGAUGACCAUAUUAAUAAUGAAAAAAAAGAUACAGAUAAUUAUCAUACAGGUGAGAAAAAUGAUAAUAUUAUAAAAGAAAAUUCCAACAAUUAUGAGGACAGUAUGAAUAUUAAAAAGAAUAUAAAUAAUUCUUAUGAUAGUUUUAAAAGAGUUAAUAUAGAUGAUACUUUUGCUAACUCAAUUAAUACUGAAAUGAGUAAAAAUGUAUCUAUCAGUAAAUUAAAGAAUCCUUCAAAUGAUAUAAAAAUAUUUCUCUUGCAAAAUGAAGAAGACAAAAUUUGCAAAACAGGAGAUAAAAAAAAAGAAAAAAGGGGAUUUCUCAGUGAUAAAAUUAUUGACAAAAAAUUAAACAAUGAUGAGAAAUAUAAUAUGAAAGAGGUGAGAUACCUUAUAAAAGAUGAAUUAGAAAAUAAAUUUUUAAGUAAAGAAAAUAUAAAGGAACCAAAUGUUUUAAGUAAUAUUAAAUGUGGAAACGGACUUAGUGAUCAUCAUUUUUCAAAGAAAAAUAUAGAAAAAAAUAAAAUAGAUAAUUUAUAUGAACACAAUGAUAAAAUAGUUUCUUUUGAAAAUAGAAUUAACUGCGUGGAUUCAGACAAUGAUGAAGUUAAUAAUAAAAGUGAUAUUUUAGAUAAAAAAAAUUUUAAGAGUAUGCAUAAUAAUAUAGAUAAUGAUAGUACUAGUAGUAGCUCUAGUAGUAGUACUAGUAAUUAUAAUGAGAUGAAAAAUAAUAUUACUAGAAUUAACAGUGGACAUAUGACAAAUUCUAACAGUAAUAUUAAAAAUGGUGGAAGUUACAGUAGUAGUAGAAGUAUUAGCUCCUGUGAUAGCAUUAGUGACAACGAGAAAAUUUUCUUAAAUAAUGCAAAAAAGGAAGAAAAAAAUAAUGAUAAUUAUAAUGAUAACAUUAACACUAGUAUUAAUAAUAAUAUAAUAUUUAGCGAUAGUAAUUCUUUAUUUAAGAUAAAUCAAAAUAAAGGAAUAAAAGAAAAAAAAGAGAAUGACAUAUAUAAAAAAUGUAAUAUUUCAGAAGAUAACAUAUCUUUAAGGUUAAAAAAUGAGCAAAAUUUACAUAAAGAACUACAUUAUAUGCUUCCACGAUUUUUAAGAAAAGAAAAGAAAGAAAGACAUUUAUCGUGUGCUCAAAAUUGUAUAUAUUGGAGUGUAUUUGAAUUAAACUUUUUUUUAUUUUUUAUUGGAAUACCUAAAAAAGUUUUAGAAAUAUUUAUAAUAAAUCAUAUUGAUGGGUACUGUUUAAAAUAUCUAGAAAAAAAAUUAUUAAAAAAAAUGGGUAUACACGACAAAAUAAUUAGAAAAUAUAUACUAUUAGCAGUUCAAUAUUUGUUAAGAUUAAGAGAAAAGUAUAAAUAUAAAAAGAGAAGUAAAAAAUUAAAUGCAAAAAUAGAUAGUAAUUUUACUUUAAAAAAAAAAAAAAUACAUUUUUUAAAUUUGAUUGGUAGAGGAGGAUAUAGUAAUGUAUAUAGAUGUUUUUAUGGUGAUAACAUUUUAUCAAAUAAUGAUUGUUUUUAUAUAAAAUAUUUGAUUAAUAACAUAGCUUUAAAGAUAUUUAUAAAUAAAAAGUAUACAUCUGAGUUUUUUUCAGAAUUACAAAUUUUGUCCACUUUAAGGCAUCCAAAUGUUUCUUUAUUUUUAGGUGGAAUAAAAAAUCCAAGAGGAAUAGCUUUAGAGUAUAUAAGAUGUGGUAGUAUAUUUGAUAUAUUACAUAAGCAUAAAAUGAAAAUAAAAAUAUAUGAUAUAAUAAAAAUGUGUAAAGAUAUAACUGCAUUUAUGUGCUUUUUGCAUUAUAAAGGAAUAUUACAUUGUGAUUUAAAAUCAUCAAAUAUAUUACUCUCCUUAUCAGGAGAAAUAAAAAUUUGUGAUUUUGGUUUAUCAGUUCAAAAUCCUUAUCAAAAACCUAAAUAUCUAGGAAUCGUUGGGACAUAUCAGUGGACAGCUCCUGAAGUAUUAAGGGGAGAAGGUUAUACACAACAAGCUGAUAUAUAUUCUUUUGGUGUAAUUUUAUGGGAGCUUUUACAUAGGAAAAUACCUUUUAAUAAUUUGAAACAUCCGUUAGAUAUUAUUGCAAAUGUUGGUUAUGGAAAUAAAGAAUUAGUUAUAAAUAAAAGUAUACCUGAAAAAAUCAGAUAUAUUUUAAAAAGAUGUUUACAUAGAAGUAAACAUAAAAGAAAAUCUUUCUUUUUUUGGUCUGAAUAUUUUGAUUUACUACAUAAAACUCAAGCUAUCGAUAUAGAAGAAAAUUUAAACCUUUUUUUUGGUUAA